AUGGAUUCACUCACCGAGAGCUCGACCACUGCAUUUGAAUAUUCUGUCCAUACUUUGACGCAGACGUCGCGUCCAGAAGUCAAGAAAGUCUUGCGCCUCCUUUUCCACAUUCCCAAGGGUGUGAGCGACCGAAAGCCUGGUCUCCAACGAGCUCCGCUGGACUAUGCUGAGUUGAUCCUCUACGAGCUGGAUCAAUGGCUGCUGCCCACGGAUGGCCAGCAAAUCUUGGACAUGUUACAUGAUCUAGAAUACACGCUCGCAGAGAAGCUUCUCCAAUCAGCAAGAACCCUCUGUACUGAGGAGGCGACUAAGAACUCCCUCGGACAAAGUAUGGAUGUUAUCGCGUCCGAUUUCGACUUCAUGAUCGAGACCGCUCGCAUCCUGAGAGACUUCACGCAAUUCACGGCCAUACUAAUUUCGAGCUACCUCUCUGAUGAUCAGACGCAAACAAGCCGAAAGGCACGUGUCGAGUCUUCUCGGGUCUGCAGCAAACCCAGAAUGUCGAAAUACGUCCAACGCAUACUUACGCCUGACGAUUACACAGGCUAUCAAGAAUUUAGCCAUUUUCUUCCGCAAGAUCCUGGCGAGAAUGGUGUAACCUCUCGCAUUGAAUACACCGGUAUGGAGGGCGAGGACGAAUUUGGGACCGGAGAGGGGAAGAUCAUCAUCAAGGUCAAGGGCGGUAGGUGGUUGCGCGCUUACUGUGGCCAUCGGUGUGAAUGCAACGAGCCAGAGUAG